UUGUGAGUGGGCCAUUUUUUGGUUGGGAACACAUAAGUCACCCCACAUAUAAUUUGUGAUAUUUUUCCAACUCAAAAUGCAUUCAAAUAGUGCUUACAUGGUAAUAAUUCAUAUACAAACAAUAUACAUGUCAUUUCAAUUUCGAGUAAAAGAUGUUGCAAAAGAUGCCGACCCCGUGUUGCUUUUCAAACGUGUCAUGCUUUGGCAUAUUUCAUAUUUUUAUAGUUACUUUUUGACUUCACGAGCUUCUUUACAUUCUCCAACAAAGUCUGUCUCUUAAAUCUAACAACAAAUCUUUAUAUACCCUCCAAAUCUUUAACCAACUCUUCAAGUAGUUAAGUUCAUGUUCUUUUAACAGAACAUGGAGCUUCGACUUCCAACGUUUUCUUCAUGUGUUACAGUUCUAAUUCUUGCAUUUGUCUGUUUGUCUCUGAGUUUUGUGUAUGCCGAAGGCUUUGACUCUCUGUUGGAGCUCCCACGUUCUGGCUUAAAUAGAACCCGACUCAGAUCCAAAAGGGUCCUUUUUGUUGCUGAUUUUGGUGCCAAAGGAGACGGUCUCCAUGAUGAUACUGAGGCUUUUGAAAAUGCUUGGAAGCUAGCAUGCUCUUCACGAAUAAGAAUUGUAAUUGUAAUUCCAGCUGAGUAUACUUCUCUGAUCCGUCCUAUUGACUUUUUUGGGCCAUGCAAAUCGAAAGUCACUUUGGUGAUAUCUGGUACAAUUGUUGCCCCCAAAGAUCCUGAUGCGUGGAAGGGUUUAAAUCAUCGGAAAUGGCUCUUCUUUCAUGGGGUGAACCUUCUUACUGUUGAAGGAGGAGGGACAAUCAAUGGGAUGGGAUGGGAAUGGUGGGCUAGAUCAUGCAAGAUCAACCCUGCAAAUCCAUGUCGACAUGCUCCAACGGCUGUUACUUUCCACAAGUGCAAGAAUUUGAAAGUCAAGAAGCUUAUGAUUGUCAACAGCCAACAAAUGCACAUUUCAUUUAGUAGCUGUCUUCGGGUUGUGACUUCCCAACUCAAAGUGAUAGCACCUGCCGCUAGCCCUAACACAGAUGGAAUCCACAUUACGGCAUCACAUGGUGUUGAAGUCAAAAAUUGCAUUGUAAGAACAGGAGAUGACUGUAUCUCUAUAGUCAGCAAUUCUUCACGAGUCCAAAUAGAAAAUAUUGUCUGUGGACCAGGCCAUGGUAUAAGCAUUGGAAGCUUGGGAAAAUUCAACUCAUGUUCACAAAUUCAAGAUGUAACGGUUGAUGGAGCGUUUAUUUCCAACACCGAGAAUGGGGUGCGAAUUAAAACAUGGCAGGGAGGUAGUGGUUUUGCCACUAACAUUUUGUUCCGGAAUUUGUUGAUGGAAAACGUAUCGAAUCCAAUUAUAAUAGACCAAUACUAUUGUGAUUCUUUGACACCAUGUGCAAACCAGACUUCAGCUGUUAAAAUAGAGAACAUAUCCUUUGAGCACAUUAAAGGAACUUCAGCCACAGAGGAAGCAAUAGUAUUUGCAUGCAGCGAUUACACACCAUGUGAAGGCUUAUAUCUGGAAGACAUUCAACUUGUGUCACACUCUAGGGGAAUCACAAGUUCAUUCUGUUGGAAUGCUUACGGGUCAAGUGUGGGUUUAAUAUACCCGCCUGCUUGCUUCACAUGCACAGAAGGGUUAAUUCGACAGUAUGUCUCAUCUAACUACACUUUAAGUACCAAAGGUACGCUUUUCAAUCCUUCUAAAGAGACUAGAGAGGUCAGUCUUUUCUAAUAUGUGCAAGGCCACGCCCUUUCUAGUGCAAAGUAUGUUAUGGUACAGGGCUCUGCGUUCUGCAUAUUUUUUACAGCUCACCAAUGAGUAUGUUGAGUAGGGUUGUAUGAUUAUUGUUGUAUAUAGUAUUAUGCUAUUUACACGAAUCAAGUUUCAUUUGAGCAAUAUAUAGUGUUCUUCCAUUUCUUUUACAGUUCAAUCGAUGAGUUUGUUGAGUAGCAUCACUUGAGAGGGGAUUGUAAUGUACGGCGGUUCAACUCCAUCAUAUAAUUGCAAAUUUCUUUGAACAUCAAUAUGUGGCUGCCAAUUUGAUUAUCGCCAUAGCAAUAAUGAUACUCGGAAGUGCAAGGUUUGUAGACAUCGUGGUUGUUUAAUGAUGGUGGGAAAACCAACGGCAAC